AUGUUUUAUUCAAGGACCGUGGAUCAAGUGGGAGACUCAACAGGACAUGAAAAGUCGAAUUUUAACGUCGUCCUCUCUACGACGGCCGCUGGAGAGAAAUUAAGACCGAUGAUAAUAUUCAAGAAAAAGAGGGUUCCAAAGGAUAACUUCCCUCCUGAAGUGAUUGAGCGUGCCAACGAAAGAGGCUGGAUGAAUCACGAACUGAUGAAGACAUGGCUCCUCGAGGUGUGGAACAAAAGGAAACGCUAUGUCAACGAUCCCUACCAGUUGCUGAUAUUGGAUUCUGCAAGGUGCCAUCUCAGAGAAGACGUCCGAGAGCUUUUCAAGGAGCACUCAAAGAUCGCGGUCAUUCCAGGCGGAAUGACCAAAUAUCUACAGCCUCUCGACGUCGGCAUCAGCAAGCCCUUCAAAGACAAUCUGAGGGCGGGAUGGGAGCGAUGGAUGACCGAUUCAGCACGAGACACAACAGGCGGCGCCAGGAAAAGGAUGACCUACGGCGAAAUGACUCCGAAUCCGAAACCCGGAUGUAACAAAAAUCUUCAUGAAGCCCCCGUGUGGGACACUUUGUCAAUGCAUGACUCGGACUCAUCCAAGUCGGAUUCACUUAUGGACGACUGGCGGGAGGAACUAACACUUGAAGCACAGGGUUACCCGCUCCGAAGGCCCUCUGAAAUGAUAUCUCAGAGGGCCGAAGACUAA